AAACAUUGAUCUAUAGUUUUGUUUCGUUUAUUUAGUUGUGUUCAAAAAUAAAAGUUGAUUAGUAUUUUUAUCUUAGUUUAUUUAAUUGUAUUCGAAAAUAAGAAAUUUAUGAACAAAUAAUUCUUAUUAACGAAAUAGGGUGAGAAUACGUCUGGGGGCCUAUUUAAAUACUUAAUCCGGCACUGCCUAGUGUAAGUCUAAGUGUUAAUCUAGGUUUUUAUUUUGUUUUUAAAGAUGGUUUUCGUUUGAAUUUUUAUAUUUAUAACCAUUUACAACAGAAGAACCUACUUUAUUCAAGCGAAAUUUGAGGACAUUAGUAGUCUGUACAGACGUUGUAUGUGAACGGUUUUUACCCAGCAGUUGACCACACUUAAUCCAGUUAUUCGUACUCAUAGUCAGGACUAGUGCAGAUGGUCAUCUUCUGUAUAUGAACAUGUUCGUCAGGGUGAAAACUGAGCAGCCUGAUGAUUUACAACAACAUGACAUUACUUCCCAAUUCAACCAGACUGAUGAUGAUAAUGUUUUGGACAUUGUAAAACGUGAUACAAGUGUAACAAAGGAAAGGGAAGAAUUUCCACCUGCUGAUUGUAUGUUAGAAGGUGCAUCGGAUCCAACUUACGUGGCCAAGCCAUUUCCAGGUUAUUCUACUUCGACAUCGGAAGAUUCCCAUACAACAAUUAAAAGUAGCAAGUUUGAGGAGCAAAGCCGUAGUGACGUACUUAGUAAAACAUUUCCAAGGGGAAAUAAACGGGGGACACGUGAUGUUUCCCACGGUGUGAAUAAGACGUAUCGUUGUGUUGUGUGUGGCAAAGAAUUCCAUAAGAAAAGUGCUCUAAAAAAACAUGAAAAACUACACACUGGUACGAAACUGUACGGUUGUGUCGUGUGUGGUAAAAAAUUUGGAAGAAAUGGUGUCUUAAAAAUACAUAAGAGGAUACACACGAGGGAGAAACCGUACAGUUGCGAUACGUGCGGCAAGGAAUUUUGUAGAAAAAGUGACCUAAAAAUACAUUUGAGAAUACACACCGGAGAGAAACCAUUUAAAUGUGUUGUUUGUGACAAAAACUUUGGAAGUAGUAGCGACUUGAAAAAACACGAAAAGAUACAUACUGGGGAAAAGCAACACGACUGCGUGGUAUGUGGAAAAGAAUUUGGAAGAAAUAGCGACCUCAGAAUACAUCAGAGAAUACAUACUGGGGAGAAACCGUACAGUUGUGUAGUGUGUGGUAAAGAAUUUGGAAGUAAUAGUAGCCUGAAAAAGCAUGAAAGGGUACACACUAAUGUAAAAAAAUACAGCUGUGUAGUGUGUGGAAAAGAAUUUGGAAGAAGUAAUAACUUCAAAAUGCAUCAGAGGACCCACACUAGGGAGAAACCAUACUUUUGUUUGAUGUGCAACAAAGAAUUUUCAAGUAAUAGUGAUCUUGUAAAACAUGAGGGGACGCACGGUGCGGAAAAAAACAUAUGUUUGUGAAAUAUGUGGUUGAAAAUUUCGAAUGAAAAGUUACCUAGAAAGAUGUCGUAGAACUAGCAAUGGAGAGAAACCGCAUAUUUGUGAAAUCUGUGUUGAGAAAUUUUGAAUCGAAAAACGCACACCAGAGAAAAGAUAUAAAGUAUAAUUUUAGUAAGCAAAAACUUGUAUCAACAAGGGAUACGUGGUCAAUUAAAAACUGUACAUUUGUGAUGUCCGUUGUAAGAAACCUUUUGUAAAAUUCAUUAUUAAAAUGUACACUGUCCGUACAAGAGAAGAUUGACAUUUCUGUAGUGAAUGUGGCCAAGAACUUUGUUUUUAAAUAUAUGAAAGAACAUUAGUGAACACACACACACACACACAUACACACAAGGGGGGAUGACUGUUACUAUUUUGGUUUUGGUGAAAGAGAAGUUAUGCACUGUAUAAAUUGAAAAAAAAAAGUCGUAUUACCCACAAUGCAAGUGUAUUAAACCACCAUGUAGUGUAUGUCAAAGGAGUUUGAACCAAUAGUGACCUUAAAAGCACAUAAAAAAAUUAAUUGUGGGGGAGAAAAACAUAAAAUGAAGUAGUAUGUGGCAAAGAUAUUGAAAGGAAAUGAAAUGUUAACCUAAACCACAAUAUUCGAUUCAUUACAAAUAGGUGAUAAUACAGUAAUUUAAGUGUGUGUGUGUGAUAUAGAAUUCACACAUGGAGAAACAUUACAGUUAGAAUGAUUGAGUUGAGGAACUUUCAGGUGAUGAUCUAUAUAAGCCGUUAAUCUAAGUAACAAAAUUAUGUAGUAUGAUUUAGGAAAAUAUUUAAAUUACGUAAAACAUUAACUUGUAACAUGUGUUGGUCGUUAGGUAAGGUAAAAAUCUGUGAAAAUACCAGAUUUUUUUUUAUUUUUUUUUAUGCUCAAUUUUCUGUAUAAUUCAAGAUUUG